GUUAUCAGUCUAAAACCUUUCUCGUUCGCGUAACCCUUUCCCUUCACAUAAACCUUCUACCUGAAAUACAUUUCGAAAACCUUUCUCCCUCGUUUCAAGAACCCUUCUCCGGUGUCAUUUCGCGAACCUUCAUUCCUUAUCGCGAACUCGUCGAGCGUUCAUUCUAGUGGAACCUUCAAGCAUUUCACAUUGGUCACGCGAACACCCCUUAUGUAAAACCUCAUAGGAAACCCAAAUCUACCGUCACCAAAAACCCUGACCGGAAACCCAAACCCUCCGCCCUCACCGUUAUCCUCGUCCUAAAUCCUCGCUGCGGAACCCUCAUCAGUUCAAAUGGCACCAAGAUGGAAAGGAAAAGAUGCAAAAGCUAAAAAGGAUGCAGAAGCCGGGGCGCUCAAGGAACCCAUGUCAAAGAUUGUAUUUGAACUCAAGUCUUCUCUAGUUCAAUCAGAUACUUGUGGAUUUCUCUCUGAUAACAAUGUACAGUUAGCAGUGGGAGCAGAGCAACUUGAUCUGCUUGAUAAAGCAUGCUUUGGUCGACCUGUGAGAACAAUUGAAAAGGACAAACACUGGUUUCAAUUAAGUUUUGAGGAGGCAUUCUACUUAUGUUAUUCCUUGAAAUGCCUUAAGAUUAACGGCAGUGGUACUGGUCCCCAAAAUGAUGAAGAGUUGUGGCAUUAUAUGAAGUCGAAGAAAGAAACAUUCCCUUGUUUCUACAAGGCUUAUUCCCACCUUCGAAUGAAAAAUUGGGUAGUACGGUCAGGAUCUCAAUAUGGUGUAGACUUUGUUAUCUAUCGCCACCAUCCAUCUCGGGUCCAUUCUGAGUAUGGUGUGCUUGUUUUAUCAGAGGGGGUACAUAAAGAUCUGAAUGGAAGACUCAGAGUAUGGUCUGAUGUUCAUUGCACAACUCGACUUGUUGGAAGUGUUGCAAAAACCUUAUUGGUUCUACAGAUCAAUAAAAUUAGUAACAACGAGUCUCCAUUAUGUCUUGCAAACUAUACUGUUGAAGAGUGCACAAUCACCAGAUGGAGUCCAGAACAGAACCGUGAAAAUAUGUAGAUCAUGCUAGCACUGAUAACAAAGAGUCCUCCAGAUGCAUGUCUCCAGAACCUGAUCCUUGUCUGGCUUGAAUCUAAUGUUGAGGCAUACUCUGUUGAAACCACUUCAUUUUAUACUUUGAUUUAAUUUUAAUUUUGGUGUUUUUGUCUUGUGUGAUUGUUACUUUUAAUUUUAAUUGUGUUAGAAUUAUUGGUUUAUGGGUGAGUGUGUAUGAGCUGUGUGUGAGUGUGUAUGAGUGGUGUGUGAGUUGUGUUAAGUGUGUUACAACUAGAGAGCACUCUCUCUAGUUCUAUAAAUGUAAGAUUAAGAGUGGAAAUGAAAUAAGUCCUUGGAGAAAUAUUUUCUCCUCUUUUAGAUCUCAAGUUGGUAUCAGAGCGGGUUCAUCCUGCUCUGGUUUCCGUGUGUUGUCCACCAGCACUGUCACUGCUGGUCGCACCUAUCCAGUGCCGUUUGUAGUUGUCUGCGACUGUCUCGCCACUAUCUGCAGCUGUCAACUACAGUUUCAAGUUCUUCAACUUGGUUGUCAGCCAUCCUGGUAUUUGUCAACUACCGUCUGCCGCCGUCCACCGCUGUCUGCCGCCGUCCGCCGCCGUCCGCCGCCGGCCACCGUCACCGCUCCGUCCGACGACCACUGGAUCUGGUUCGCCUCUUCACGCGACAGCCAACCCCACCGGUGGGUUCGCCUGAUUCUCCUCCACGCUCCGUCACGCGCCGCCUCUUUGCGCGCUGCGAACAGGCGCGUGCUGCCCACGCGCCGCCUUCUGCUCACCGGAAAGUCUCCGCGCCACCUCCAUAGCUGUCGCCCUCAUCUCCUCUGUCCUUUCUGACCCUCAAAAUCUUACUUUGGUGGGUCCAGAAGCUUCCCUUUAAGAAAACCUUAAGAAACCCUAUAGGGUUUUCUGGUCCUUCACGGUUUUUCUGAUUCCCUCUCCUGUUUAAAUCGAAGAAUGGCAACUGGAAGUGUUCUUUCUUUCUCUUGAAGUCCCUCAAUCACUUCCGAAAAGCUAAAUGGAAAGAAUUAUAUGUCUUGGUCUGCUGCUGUAGAAAUGUGGUUCCUUGGUCAAGGACGUUAUGACCACCUUGAGCAGGAUGGGAGUCAAGUACCAUCUGACAUGGCUGAACAAUGGAAACAAGCUGAUUUUCAAUUAUGUGCCCUAUUGUGGCAAUCUGUGGAACCCCGACUUUUGAUAUCUCUUAGAGCCUUCAAGACAUGUCACACCUUUUGGAAGAAAGCUCAAAGCAUUUAUGCUAAUGAUAUUCAACGUCUCUAUGAUACCGCAAACAAGCUCGCCUGUCUCAAAAUGACAGACCAUGAUAUGGUCUCCUUCAUGACUGAAGCCCAAGCAGCUGUGGAAGAAUUGAGAAUGUUCUUGGAAUCUUCAGAAGAUAUCAAAAAGAAACUUGACCAGUAUUAUAUGGUGAUGAUCCUCCGUACUUUGCAUCCAGAUUUGAAUCACAUCAGAGAUCAACUUCUGACAAGUCAUGAAGUCCCUUCCUUGGAAGCCUUGACCACACGUCUUCUUCGUGUUCCUGUGUCUCAGUCUCAGGAAGCUCAUGAAACAAUAGAACCAUCUGUCAUGGUUGCCACGCGAGGAAGAGGAGGGCGUGGAACUAGAGGAGGAGGACGUGGAGGUCGAGGACGUCAAUGCUCUUACUGUAACAGGAUGGGUCACACUCGAGAAAACUGCUACUCCUUGCAUGGCUUUCCUUCAAAAAGCGCUAAUAUCUCUCAGGCUGAAACUUCCACUUCCAACUCCAAGUUUACCGAGGAAGAGUAUCAAGAGUAUCUACGCUUAAAGUCUAACAGCUUGGCACAAUCAUCUCAGUCCUCAAGUACGUCCACAACUUGCAUUUCUCAAUCCAUGGCAGGUCUAAAUUCAUGGGUAAUUGAUUCGGGUGCUUCUGAUCACAUUUCUGGUAAUACCUCAUUGUUCUCAAAUCUUUCCCUCCAAGAAAAACCCCAUUUCAUUACCCUUGCAAAUGGCUCUAAAAUUUGUUCAAAGGGAGUCGGUCAAGUUUCCCUGUCUCCCUCUCUAACUCUGAAAUCCGUUCUUUUUGUUCCUAGCUGUCCAUUCAAUUUAAUUUCCCUAAGUCAGUUAACCAAAAUAUUAAAUUGUUCAAUAACGUUUGAUUCAAAAUCUUUUGUUAUACAGGAGCGUGGCUCGGGGAGACAAAUUGGAGAAGGAUAUGAAGCUGGAGGUUUAUACCAUUUUGGAUUUCGUCCACAGGUAUCUUGUGUUGCCGCUCUUCCUCCUAAAGUGUUACAUGAUCGGUUUGGCCAUCCUAACUUGUCAAAAUUAAAAAAGAUGUGUCUUGAACUUAGUGGUCUUCAGACUUUAGAAUGUGAGUCCUGUCAACUAGGAAAACAUGUUAGAUCUGUCUUCCCUAAAAGAUCUCAAUCAAUGUGUACUUCUAGUUUUUCUAUUAUUCAUUCUGAUGUUUAGGGACCUAGUCGCGUCUCUUCUUUUGGUUUUCGGUAUUUUGUUACCUUUAUUGAUGAGUAUUCUAGAUGUACUUGGGUUUAUCUGAUGAAAGAUCGCUCUGAAUUGUUACCCAUUUUCACAUCCUUUUUGAAUGAAAUCAAAAAUCAAUUUGGCC